CACCCGAGGAGGGCUUGGGCCCCUCCUUUCCCUUCUCUGAACUUCAUCUGCACAGGGAGGGCUGAGGAUUUAGGUGGGCAGAGGCUGCAGAGGAAGCAGGCGCCCAACCCAGCAGUGGGCUCCAGUCUUCUGUCACUGACGGUGUUCCCCAGGGAACUUGAUCUAUGGGGCAAGUGCCAUUAAGGUCCCCCCUUCCAUGGGGAAGUGGGCUCAGAGAGCAAAGGCCCUGAGGGGACUCUGUCCUGAGCCCGUCUGGCCCACCAUGGCACGGCGACUGCAGGACGAGCUGGCUGCCUUCUUCUUCGAGUACGACACCCCUCGAAUGGUGCUCGUUCGCAACAAGAAGGUGGGCGUCAUCUUCAGGCUAAUCCAGCUCGUGGUUCUGGUCUAUGUUGUCGGGUGGGUGUUUGUCUACGAGAAGGGCUACCAGACCUCGAGUGGCCUCAUCAGCAGUGUGUCAGUGAAGCUCAAAGGCCUGGCCGUGACCCACCUCCAGGGCUUUGGUCCCCAGGUCUGGGAUGUGGCCGACUACGUCUUCCCAGCGCAGGGGGACAGCUCCUUUGUGGUCAUGACCAAUUUCAUCGUGACCCCCCAGCAGGCUCAAGAGUACUGUGCAGAGCACCCAGAGGGGGGUACGUGCAAGGACAGCAGCAGCUGCACCCCAGGGAAAGCAGAAAGGAAGGCCCAAGGCAUUCGCACAGGCAAGUGUGUGGCCUUCAACGACACUGUGCAGACGUGUGAGAUCUUUGGCUGGUGCCCUGUGGAGGUGGAUGACAACAUCCCGAGCCCUGCUCUUCUCCGAGAGGCUGAGAACUUCACUCUCUUCAUCAAGAACAGCAUCAGCUUUCCACGCUUCAAGGUCAACAGGCGCAACCUGGUGGAGGAGGUGAACGCCUCCUACAUGAAGACCUGCCUGUAUCACAAGACCCUACACCCUCUGUGCCCCGUCUUCAACCUUGGCUAUGUGGUCCAACAGUCAGGCCAGGACUUCCGGAGGCUGGCUGAGAAGGGUGGGGUGGUUGGCAUCACCAUCGACUGGAAUUGCGACCUGGACUGGAACGUGAGGCACUGCAAACCCAUCUAUGAGUUCCAUGGGCUGUACGGGGAGAAAAACCUGUCUCCAGGCUUCAACUUCAGGUUUGCCAGGCACUUUGUAGAAAAUGGAACCAACUACCGUCACCUCUUCAAGGUGUUUGGGAUUCGCUUUGACAUCCUGGUGGACGGCAAGGCUGGGAAAUUUGAUAUCAUUCCCACGAUGACCACCAUUGGCUCUGGGAUUGGCAUCUUCGGGGUGGCCACUGUUCUCUGUGAUCUGUUGCUGCUCCACAUCCUGCCAAAGAGGCACUAUUACAAACAGAAGAAGUUCAAGUAUGCAGAGGACAUGGGGCCUGGGGCGGGGGAGCAUGAUCCCGUGACCACCAGCUCUACCCUGGGCCUACAAGAGAACAUGAGGACAUCCUGAUUUCAGCCCCUGACUUCUGACUGGAUUCAGCACAAGGCUUCAGACUGGGGCCCUAGCGGACUCCCACCAAGGGCAGGGGUCUCUCCAGGGAAUCUCCUGCCAGCUUAGCCAGGCAGAUUUAUUUGCCCACACUCAGGGUGGGUACUGGGAGGGAUCAGUGCAAUCUGGGGCUCUGUCUCCAACUCUGCAUCCCCCUAGACAGCCCAACACCCAGUCGCAGCCACUCUGCUCCCAAAGGCCCAGACAGUGCACACUUACACACUUAUACCCUAGUUUUGUGAUAAUUACCAGGGAUCUUCAGUAUCCAUCACACUGCCUCAAUUUCUCUAGAUCUGUGCUCUCCAAUGUGGCAGCCACUAGUCACAUGGGCUACUUAAAUAUAUAAAGACAGGAUAAAAUAAAAACUCCUGAGUUGAACUAGCCACAUUUUACUGCUCGGUUGACACACAUGGCCAGUGGCUGUUGUAUUGGACACCACAGGAUGUUUCAUCAUCACUGAAGGUGCCUUUGGGUGGAUCCAUUUGUACCCUGUUUCUGCCUAGCCUCAGAUAUUCAGGGUCCCUGAACCUGAAGCUGCCAGGCCAGUCACAUAGAUAGCAAAUGCCCAGGCCACUCUGAGACCUCAAUUUAAGAACUGCUGUCGGGGCUGGGGAUUUAGCUCAGCGGCAUAAGCACCUGCCUUGCAAGCAGGCAGUUGUGAGUUCAAUCCCUGGUACCGAUAAAAAGGAAAAAGACAAAAAAAAAAAAAGAAAAAAGAAAAGAACUGCUGUCUUGAGCUGGGCGUGGUGGCUCAUGCCUGUAAUCCCAGCACUCGGGAGGCUGAGGCAGGAGGAUCGUUGUGAGUUCGAGACCAGCCUGGGCUACAAAGUGAGCUCAAGGCCAGCCUGAACUGCAUACCGAGACCCUGUCUCAAAAAGACCUGGGUAUGUGUGAGUGUGUGUGUGUGUGAGAGAGAGAGAGAGAGAGUGAGAGAGAGAGAAGCAACUGCUGUCCUAGAACUGGCUGACUCAGAGCUCUUGAUAGUGUCUGACUUACCCCUGGGCUGGCAGAUGUGAGCAUCAAGCAGGAGCUCAAACACCCUCAGCUUGUGUGUAGUGUGUUCACAUGCCACACAAUGAUUCAUGCACACACACCCCCCCCCACCUACAAGCACACCACCACCCACAUGCACACAGCCCUCCAUCCGUGCUGUGUUUGAACAGCUUGGGCCUGCAAACACAGCCAUCUGAGCACACCUACACCCCAAGCAGAGACACAUGGUCCAUGCCGUGUCUCCUCUGUGGGGAAAUGCUUCUUUCCUGGUGUGUCAGGCUGGGACAGUCCUAGCCAUGAAUCCUUUCUCAGGUACCUCGGGCUGGGAUGCAAGCUCUGUGUCUGUGGCCCAGCCCCACUCAGCUUCCAGGCCUGCCCAACUCUGUUGGAAUAGAAAGACAGGAAAAUGCAGGUGGAGUACAAUAAAUGGGAUUAGGAUGG